AUGGAAAAAGAAGUACGUGUGCUUGUAUGGAGACGGCCGAUUGACGUAUCACCAUACUCAAAAAGAUUAUCGAGACAAACCGAGCCAUGGAAAGGAGGUGUCCAUACCCGCUCAUCGGCUGCGCUGCUCGAUCCUGGAGGUGAUAUAGGACCCAUCAGUGUAGGAUUGGAUGCCCAUUCCUUGGCUAGUGCUUCGACUUCACAUCUUCCAACACCAUCGUCCACUCCGACAACACAACGGAAGAAUAGGAGGAUAUCGAACAUUUUCCAACGGCCCAAAGACAACGAGGAGAAGAAUAAGACUCAGAAUGUGAACCUCGGCGGUGGACGUGAAAUUCCCAUUAAAGAGGGAACGAUGCAUAAAAGGAGCACAAAGGGUGCUUUGAAUCGGGAAUGGAAAAAGAAGUACGUGUGCUUGUAUGGAGACGGCCGAUUGACGUAUCACCAUACUCAAAAAGAUUAUCGAGACAAACCGAGCCAUGGAAAGGAGGUGUUUCUUGGUCUGGCAACAGUUCGAAUAGCUGGAAGGCAACGUCCUCGAAACACUCAACGUGGAAUGGUGACAAGUCAAUCGGAAGAGCCGAGUUCGACGAAUUCAGCCGGAUCUGUGGCGCUGCGGGCGUACGAACCUCGGAGAAGUGACGUUGGAGGUGGUGUUUCUGGAGAAGGCACGUCUGGAGGCAGUGAUGAUGCAAAAGAAGCAUCUCCUGCUGUUCAAUUGACUCCCCAAACCGUUGCUGGGCAAAAGAAGAGACGAGGCGGCAAUCGUCGGAUUGGAUCUGCUGGCAAAGCCACCGACGAAGACGACGAGUGCUUUGAGAUCAUCACUUCUGAUCAGAAGCGGUGGGAGUUUUGUGUGGCAGCCGAUGAACGCGACGCUUGGGUGGCAGCUAUUGAAGAGCAGAUUGAAAAAGCUCUCCAGAACCAGAUGAGCAAGCCCAGUACCAGAGCUCGUGGUGAUAGAGAAGAGGUACUGGCUCUUCGCCAGUUGCCCGGCAAUGAUCGUUGUGCGGACUGUGGCCAAACAUCUCCCGACUGGGCAAGCCUCAAUCUUGGCAUUUUGAUAUGCAUCGAAUGUUCUGGAACUCAUCGAAAUCUAGGGUCUCAUAUUUCACGGGUUCGAUCUCUUGACUUGGACGCCUGGCCUAUCAUCACUUCUGAUCAGAAGCGGUGGGAAUUUUGUGUGGCAGCCGAUGAACGCGACGCUUGGGUGGCAGCUAUUGAAGAGCAGAUUGAAAAAGCUCUCCAGAACCAGAUGAGCAAGCCCAGUACCAGAGCUCGUGGUGAUAGAGAAGAGGUACUGGCUCUUCGCCAGUUGCCCGGCAAUGAUCGUUGUGCGGACUGUGGCCAAACAUCUCCCGACUGGGCAAGCCUCAAUCUUGGCAUUUUGAUAUGCAUCGAAUGUUCUGGAACUCAUCGAAAUCUAGGGUCUCAUAUUUCACGUGAGAUGAAAGAGGCAUGGAUUCGCGACAAGUACGAGGCGAAACGAUUUUUGCCAUCAUUACGUGUCGACGCCACCGUUGGCGCUCAACUUGUUGGUGCAGUGAUCGCGCGUGAUGUCGCGGAAGUGUCACUAUUGUUGGCUCGUGCUUCCCCGGAGGACGUGAACACCACAGUGUCCGGAACUCGGGAUCGCCGGGAGCGGGACGACGCGCGGGCCAUCCUUCCUCGUUCACCAAUCCGCCGUAGACCAAAUCGCCGGUUGAACAAUGCCGAUAUUCGUGCCCUGGACGAACAAGGACGUUCCGGUCUUUGGCAUGCCCGGAACAGCGGUUUCAAGGAAUGUGCAGAUAUGCUGCUCACUGCCGGUCUAGACACCAAUUACGGUAUGCCGACACCGUCGACGCGGAACUCCACGCAUUCGCCCCCAUUGCCAGAGGGCGCGGUGAUGGGAUCGUUGUCGAAUCGGGAUUAUUCGUGCAUAGGCGAAGAAGUGGUAUUGAGGAGAGUGGCACCUCCAGUCGUACCAACGAAGCGCUCAACAAACGCUUUCGAUUUACUGCCGGCAAGCAUCAUAUAG